AUGACGUAUGCAGAUCUUCUCCCCGUAGGCACAGUCCUCGCCAUGUGCGCCGCUUCGUUCGGUCUCGGGAUCAUUUAUGGAAACCUUCCAUAUGACUACUACACGUUAUGGCUGCCAGAUAGAGAAGCGAUUGCCCGCUCGGUGGCCCACUACGCUAUUUGGGCCAAUGCUCCUAGAAGAGUUCAUUACAUUCUUCAUGGAGUUAUGGCAUUGGGCUUGUUGGGUUGUUUCAUCAAGAUGUUCAAGCCACACCCAGAUGUGAAGUAUUUCGAGUGGGGAACUUUGGGAGCUUUGAUGCUUGCCAUUAUGAUUUAUUUCACCAACUUGCGUAUUGGUGUGAACUCGUGCGUGAGCGGAAUUUGGGGUGAUGUCGAUGAGAUUACCGGUAUUAACGUCAUGGCUGCUUCGCAGUUUAUGAUGGCUGUGGUCCUCUUUGGUGUCUUGGUGUUGCAAGGUGGUUUGUAUUAUGCCCAAUGGUACGAAAAUAAGAUCCAACGUGAGUUUUACGAGGCUGAGCGUGCUGCUGCUGCCGCUGCUGCCGCUCCAGCUGUAGAGAUCGAGACUGAGGUUGUUGAGGAGGUCUCUGGUUCUACUGGUUCCAAGAAGUCCAAGUCUGGACUGGCUAAGAAGAGAGCUUAG